UGGUGAACCGGAGAACUCGUCUUCCUCGGCUGCAGCAGCCGGAUCAGACGCUCCUGCAGACGGAGGCAGCAAGGUGGAGAUGGUCUUCUGGCUGCUCUCCAUGCUCGCCAACAGGGACAAGGAAGAGAUGUCCCGGACUCUGCUGGCCAUGUCCAGCUCUCAGGACAGCUGCAUCGCCAUGAGGAAGUCUGGCUGCGUCCCCCUGCUGGUCCAGAUCCUGCACGAAGCUCCGGGUGGUGGAGUUGGUGCUGGAGAGACCACGACGACAGCAACAGGCGGCACGAUGGGGGGCUGCAGCCGAGAGGCCAAAUCCAGAGCCAGCGCCGCCCUCCACAACGUCAUCUACUCCCAGCAGGACGAGGGCCAGGCCCGGCGGGAGAUGAGGGUCCUGCACAUGCUGGAGCAGAUCCGCACCUACUGCGACAGCGGCUGGGACUGGAUCGAGAGCCACGCCACGACGCCUUCGCCUGGAGGAACCAGAACCACCGAUAUUCCUGAACCCGUGGACCCUCAGAUCUGUCAGGCCAUGUGCGCCAUCAUGAAGCUUUCCUUCGAGGAGGAAUACCGACGAGCCAUGAACGAAUUAGGUGGCCUGCAGGUGGUGGCAGAUCUGAUCCACCUGGACCAUGACAUGUACGGCAUGCAGAACGACCCCAUCAACAUGGCGCUGCGGCGAUACGCAGGAAUGGCUCUGACCAACCUGACGUUUGGAGACGUUGUCAACAAGGCGACCCUGUGCUCCAAGAAGAGCUGCCUCCAGGCUCUGGUAGCCCAGCUAGCCUCCGACAGCGAGGAGCUUCAUCAGGUGGUCUCCAGCAUCCUGAGGAAUCUGUCCUGGAGGGCCGACAUCAGCAGCAAGAGAGUCCUCCGAGACAUCGGCUGCGUGUCUGCGCUUAUGACCUGCGCCCUGCAGGCCACUAAGGAGUCGACCCUGAAGAGCCUCCUGAGCGCUCUGUGGAACAUGUCGGCUCACAGCAUCGAGAACAAGGUGGCGAUCUGCUCUGUGGACAGCGCUCUGGGAUUCUUGGUCAGUACGCUGACGUACCGAUGUCAGACCAACUCACUCGCCAUCAUCGAGAGUGGAGGGGGGAUCCUACGAAACGUGUCGAGUCUGGUCGCCACACGAGAAGACUACAGGCAAAUCCUCAGGGACCAUAACUGCCUCCAGACUCUACUACAGCACCUGCGCUCCCACAGCCUGACCAUAGUGAGCAACGCCUGUGGGACUCUCUGGAACCUUUCAGCUCGGAGUCCAAAAGACCAGGAGCUGCUGUGGGACCUCGGAGCAGUUAGCAUGUUGCGCAACCUUAUCCAUUCUAAGCACAAAAUGAUAGCCAUGGGCAGUGCUGCAGCUUUAAGGAACCUCCUCACCAACCGCCCCCUGAAAUAUAAGGAUGCUGCAGUCGUAUCCCCUGGCUCCUGCAUGCCCUCACUCUACAUGAGGAAACAGAAGGCUUUGGAGGCGGAGCUGGAUGCCAAACACCUGGCGGAGACUUUUGAUACACUUGAGAAACAGAGCCCCAAGCACCUAACCCUCAACAAGCCACUUCGGCACAUCGAGAGUCUGGCGAAGGAUUAUGCUUCUGAUUCUGGAUGUUUUGAUGAUGAUGAGGCUCCCAACGUCUCCAGCAGCCUGGACACUGGCAGCUUCUCUAUGCUGUCCAUGUUCCUCACCAACUCUAACUUCCUGCAAAACCAGCCUCGUAAGAGGGACAACGAACCUGAGAGAGACGUAGAAAAACCUCAGAUGAUCGAGAAGAGACAUGCACCUCCUGAUGAUGUGGUCUCAGCCGCUGCAGAGAAGCUAGCAAAAAAGAUCACCAACACAGUUGCCAAGAUCGACAGGUUAGUGGAGGACAUCACGAUGCACACAUCCUCGGAGGAUAGUUUGAGCCUCAGCUCUGAGGAUCACCUGGCAGACUGGCCUUACGGACUAGAUGAUCUCAAUGAAGCAAAAUCUUGCUCCCCCUGCCGUCUGUCUGAUACAAGCAGCCUGGCCCACAGAGAACGUCUCAGCAGGGCCCACGCUCUACUGCGCCUCAAAACUGCACACAAAAGUGUCUCAACAGACAGUCUAAAUAGUGGCAGCACCAGUGAUGGCUACUGUGGCAGCAAAGACCAGAUGCGACCUGCUCCAAGAGCGCUAAUGGUACAAAAACGACCCAACCAGCUUGACCUUAAGGUGGCUCAUCAAGAGUACCUGAAUGUUGGACCUGUUGUCCUGACUGAGUCUACCCAGCAGGAUAUUCCAGAGCGAGAUUCUGUGGACAACAAAGAUGUUAAAGUUCUAGAGCUAAGCGACACCGAUUUAGAAAAGAACCAGGAUAAACCCCUACAAACACCAGUCAGUGUAUCCACUAAAGUCUCCUCCGAUGUCAGCAUGACUUCAAUCAAACUGUCUCCAUCUUAUCAGCAGGUCCCUCUCAUUCAAAGUGUGGCCACAUUUGGUGUAGCAAAGACAGCGAUCAACGUCCAGGCUGCCCAAGCAAUGAGAAGGCAAGCAUGGGUACCCACGGUGAUGACUGGGGGGAGCAUUACAAAAUUCUCUCCAAUGGCAUCCACCAGAAGCCCAACCAUCGCCACGAUGGAGACAGUCCAGAAAUACUCAGUUGAGAACACACCAAUCUGCUUCUCUCGCUGCAGUUCACUGUCCUCCCUCUCUUCUGGUGAUGGAGCACUGGAUGGACAAAGUGAAAAUGAGCUGGAGAGUGACUCAUCAUUAGAAAUUAUUGAAGUGGAGGAUGGAGAAGAGGUGAAGAGAACUGAAGAGGAUGAAACCCUGGAGGAUCUGAGCGACAGCCAGCUGCUGAUGACUGACUCUAAAACAUUCCCAAGCAAAGAGACGGAUCCUAUUGAAAUCCCCCGUCCUACUAAAAGGGAAAAGGUUUUCCUAAGAGGAGCCUCACCGGCCGUACUUGAUGACAGAUCUCCAUCUAGUUCAUCUGAGAAUUACAUCCAUGAGACACCCCUGGUAAUGAGUCGCUGUAGCUCAGUCAGUUCCCUUGGCAGUUUUGAGUCUCCCUCUAUAGCCAGCUCAAUCCAAAGUGAUCCAUGCAGUGAGAUGAUUGAUGGGACAAUAAGUCCAAGUGAUCUUCCAGACAGUCCAGGGCAAACAAUGCCACCAAGCCGAAGUAAAACUCCAUGUUGUGUUGAGUCAAACGGACUAGAAACACAGACCACAGGAAUAGCUGGCCAGUGGGAAAGUAGCCUGCGAAAGUUCAUGGAGAUCGCAGACUCGAAAGAGAGGUUUAAUCUUCCUCCUGAUCUGGACACAAUGAUCUACUUCACGGUUGAAAAACCAACUGAGAACUUCUCUUGUGCUUCAAGCUUAAGUGCUCUCCCUCUCCAUGAACACUACAUACAGAAAGACGUGGAGCUGAAAUUGACCCCCCUGCUCCAGCAAAAUGACAAAAAUCUUCCGUUCCCUGACGAGGAUGAGCACGGACUCGACCACGGGGAAAGAUACAGUGAGGGCAACUCAGACGAUGACAUAGAAAUCUUAAAGGAAUGCAUCAACUCAGCAAUGCCCUCCAAAUUCAGAAAAGUAAGGCCUUCCCUGAUGACCACAAUCCCUCCUCAUAUUCUUAAUUCCCGAAAAUCGAUUCAUCUUCCCGUGUACAUGAUGCUCCCGAAUGGCAAAACACAAAUGUGUCCUGGAAGGAGAAUCGUCAUCCCACAAAAGGACUUCAAAUUUGAUGACUCAUCCUUCACUGAUUCUGCAGAAGGUACACCUGUUAACUUCUCCAGCACAACAUCGCUAAGUGAUGAAACUCUUCAGUAUCCAGUGAAAGAGAGGGGGGCUAAGGACUGCACAGCUAAAGGUAUGAACAAACAUGAAGUGCUCGACGAUGAGGAAAAAAGGAUUGAAGACUUGAGGAUAUUCUCACACUUCCACAAACCCAACAGGAUGAAUUACCCACCUGAGAUACAAAUGAACCGGACCACCAAACAUGUCAUUCCCACUCAGAGGGUCCUGAUGCAGAGCAAAGAGGUGGCUGAUAGAGUGGCGAGCCAAAGAAAUCGUGAUCAUUCUCCUAACCAACAAAAGAAGAGGCAAGUUCAAGGCACUGUCAGAAAACUGGAACUGCCUGUCAUAAAGCAGAACACAGAAGGUAACCUUAAUGUGGGAUCACAAAGAGGAAACACAAUAUAUCGACAGAUGACGCAUUCUUCAGAGGACAGCAACAGCUUCUAUGAAGACAAUAAUGAAAUUGAUGAAACAAUGAAGCGAACAAGUAGAAGACAGAUCAGGGAAGCGAGUAGAAACACUCUGUCCCGGAGCAUGACAAAUAUUGGCAGGCUUGAUAAUUCCCAAUCCAAGCCCAGAGGAUUUAACAAGAUUAAACAGAAUCUGAUCAAGGAUGAGUCUCUGGGAUGUUACUCACUCAGUUCCUCUCUUAGUUCACUGAGUGAUGCUGAGUUUGAGGAUCACAAAUCAAAAGCCCAACAAAUAUGGUACAAAAAUAGACACAACAAAACACUGAAUAUGAUGCAACAAACAAAGUCGAUGACCAUUCACAGCCAGUACGAAGAGCAAAGUUCACCAAGCUCCGUCAGCAUGGACUCAGAGGAUGACCUCCUUCAGAAAUGCAUAACGUCUGCCAUGCCCAGGCAGAGGAGGAAGCUUGCUGCCAGGAGGAAGAAAGCUGAAAAUACUCAAAAACAAAAAGCAUCUGAUGUUUGGGACAUGGAUGAGGAAAUGGAUAGCGAUGACACGGCAUGGGACAGAGAUUCAGACCUCAACAGUGUUGAAUGGAGAGCCAUUCAGGAAGGUGCUAAUUGUGUUGUCAGUGGGCUGCAGGCAUCCAAGUCUCAAGAUCCAUCCUCUGAGGAGACAGAAUCAGUCCUGUCAUUCAUGUCAACUUCCAGCUUUACUCCCAAAGAAAGGAAGUUUGCUAAAGACAAAAAGGCCAAUAAACCUUUAGACUUCGCACAACGCAAGCCAGUUCCAAACUUACCUGUGGUCUUCAGAGGCAGGACAGUGAUCUAUACACCAAAAAAAGAGACGGCCCCAUCACAAAUACCUCCCCCCAGAAAAGUACCAACAAAGACAGAUGCUCCAAAGAACCCAAAUCUUGCUCAGCACAGAUCGAAGAGCCUUCACCGACUGGGUCGUCCCCAGGACAUAGAGCUGUCUUUGCCAAAGAGGAGCUCUACUCCACCUCCAAGGAUACCAAAAAGUUCCUCCUCUGGAUCGUCACAAAGCUCUACACCCUCCAAACAGAGUCAGAGGAAGAUAACAUCGCCGAUUCAGACAAAUAAACCCAUCCAGAAAAAGAACGCCACACCAGCUAGCAGUCCACCAGCUAGCAGUCCCCCUGAAAGGAAGGGACGAUCUCCUGUUAUGAAUCAAAAUGAAAGAUCACCACCACCUAAAACUCAGAAGUCACCUGUCCGAAUCCCUUUCAUGCAAAAUUCAGGCAGGCAACCCAGACCUCUGUCACCGCUAGUGACUAAUCAAACAACCAACAGACAAACCAAUCAGAUCAACGGGAAAAGGGUUUUACCCCCCAAUCGAUUUGACCUUGUUAGGAUGACUUCUGUCCACUCAAGUGGUGGCGAGACUGAUCGCAGUGGAUUCUUGAGACAGCUGACUUUCAUUAAAGAAUCAAAGACUGUGCUGAGACGUGAUGGUUCUGUCCGCAACAUGCCUGGAUCUCAGAAUGGAUCUCCCCGCAGAGGAGUUCCUGGAGCUUCAGCUGUCUUCCUUUGCUCAUCACGCUGUCAGGAACUUAAGGCCGCUGUGCAAGCCUCAAGAAGGGUGCAGGUCAAAGGUCCAGGACAAGUACAGAUUGUCCACAGACCAGACUGUGGCCUUCAGAAGCAGACUUCAUCCAUCUGUGGAGCAACCUCCAGUGAAAGGGAUCUAUCAGGCAGACGACCAGCCAGGAGGACUAGCUCCGAAAGCCCCUGCAGGGUGGCUCAAAGAACUGGGCCUGGCAGAGUGUCUGGAAUCAGACAGCAACAAGACAAAGAUACCUUUAAACGUCACGCCUCAUCACCAAGCAUAAAUAUACUGAGCAGGGUGACCAGCCGCUCUUCCCUCCGCUCUUCGUCAUCUGAUUCAAGUGGAAGAGCAAAGAGCGAGGAUGAUACAAAGAAGAAAGGGCCGAGAUCCUCAUCUCGGCUGAAUGACAGAGUAACCUGGAGGAGAAUCAGGGAUGAAGAUGUACCUCAGAUCUUGAAAAGCACCCUGCCAGCUAAUGCAUUACCUCUGGUGCCUUCUCCUGACGGGGAAAAGCCAAAGCUGGCAGCUCUUCCAGGAAAACUGCCAACCAUUCUACUUGCAUCUCGCAAGACAAGUGACGCAACCGUCCAGACAGAAGAUUUUACCAAUAACAAGACCAACUCGAGCACCUCACCGACGGUGGAAACUGCGCCGGAAGUGGCACAACAUGCCCUCUUCAGGAAGAUCAGUGCCACCUCAGGGAGUAACCUCCAGGAUGGUGAUUCAGACGGUUCCCUGAGGAGCCACAGCACCAGAUCUACAGGAACAUCAGACAGCCACGUGGGAGGAGUUGUUCAUUUCCGCCAUGGAUCCCCCAGCAAGGCUGUCCGAGUCACCCCUUUCAACUACACCCCCAGCCCCAUGGCCUGCUGCCUUCAAGACGCACAGAGCCAAGCUGCCACAAUCAACGAGAAGUCAGGAGAGAAAAGUGAGUCGUAGUACGUUUAGUGAAUUACAGGAUGACUCCAUUGUGGUCCUGAUUAAAACUCUCAAACACUCAGGUGGACAGACGAGGAGUGUGCUGGUCCCUAUACCUCGGAUAUUGACCCUUUACUUUACCCCAUUCUCUCCAUGCAAGUUUGAUCAUAGCUUCCAUUCGUACACGGUUGGAUGUAUGCAUUGAGACAGGUCUGACAUGAACGGACCCACAAUAACUUUUAGAGAUGCACUUCAGAGAAAAGUCUCCCCCGAAGAGGAAGUGCAUCUUUUUGUACUUUUUGUAUUUGUAGAAUAAUCAUUGCCUGGUAGAAAUGUAGUUAAACUAUAAAGCAAAAGACAAUGAACUUGAUUUCAGCACAUGAAUCUCCAUCGGUCUCCAGGACAGAUUCGAUAACAAGAACAAUAUUAUGCAAGCGUUAGAGUGAAAGCUCAGCUGGACUUUCACAAACUGUGGCCGACUGUUGUCAGACUUUCACAAAGGACACAAACACACCGACAUGUAAAGUAUUUUUUACAGUGCAUCAUCGCCUCAUCGCUCAAUAUGAGACACUGUCAACAUUUCCAGAGUCCAGCAGGAUCAGAGAAGACUUUUGAUAAAACAUUCCUUCAAAUGAUUUGCAUCGUUACUUUAUUAUUUUGAUCUUGGGUCGUUCACUGAAGCUUUGCAAAGCUACAGGUAGAUGCACAAGCAGGAAGGAAAAAGAGCGGCUACAUUAUUUACUUUCAACUAUUAAUAUAAAAUGAUUAAAAAUUAUACUUGGUCAAGUACAAACUCCAGGGUAGCUGUAGACGAAAUGGGAUAAAGCUCCAGGGUGGUCCAGAAAAUUCAAUACCGUACAAAAUAUACCGAAAUAUUAUUGAGAGUUUAUAAUCCCACAGUUAAUAGUCGUGUCCAACCUUAGAAACAGAGAUGUGAUGGGUCUCGUUCUCACUCUGUUCGUAUGAGGGGAUGAUUCAUGAAACACCUUCACGCUGACCCCUGCUGGACUGUUUCCAUCACUGCAUAAGUAAAUGUUCCAGUGGAUACUGUUAUUUUUCAACCGCUUGUUCUCUGUGUCUUAAUCAGUGUUGUAAAUAUCAUUCAUGUAUACAAACCCCUCAAAGCUUCCCUGACAGCAUGCUAAUAUAUUCACUGACUGUAAACACACUGGAUGACAAUGAUGUCAUCACUCUGACAUCAUUUCUAGAAAUCUGUAUUAUUGUGCUGCAAACACCUAUAAUGCUAUAAAGUGUCAGUGUAGGAUGAACAAAGCGACAACGCGCCUUGUUUGGCUAUUUCCUGUUCGGAGAUGAACAGAUGAUUUGAUUGGAUGAUGGUCGGACAGGUGUGUGUCCUCUGGAAGUCUUUACAAACGUGUUAAUAUCUGCUUUACUGUGUUGCUGUAAAAGUAGCGGUAGGUGGAGAAGAAGUCGAAUAUUAAUACGAUGAAUAUUCUCUGUAGUUGUACCAUCACUCGUCCAUGUGUGCUUGGAGACAAAGACAGGACAGACAGGACAGACAGGAAUCUACACUGAGGGGCUGUUUAACGUUCUGUAUUUACCUGUUGUUUCCACAGCAUGUUUUCAAUAUGCUUUUAAAUAGAAACCGUACAGGUCCCUCUUCAGAUCAUUGAGACAGAAAGACACUCAGACGUUAUACAUGAGCUCAAAUAAGAGUCAAAGUGUGAGUUUGUGAAAUGAUGAAAUUCAAAGUUUCUAGUAAAAUGUCAGAGUGAGUCCAUGUGAGAAAAAGCAGGAACAUGUCCGGUCAGUCUGCCAGCUGCUGUGACUCAUAGCUGGAGCCAGAACAACUUAUCGUUUAAUCAAUUCAUCUUUAACAUGAAAUCCAAUAAAUUCAACUAAAGGAAAUAAAAUGUCACAUUUACAAACAAGUUUCUGAUUUGUUCACAGGUUUAAAGGUGAUAAGAAACUUAUCUGAUCCUCAUUUCACAAACGUUUUCUGAUCUUAUUGAAGCUCAUGACUGAAGGUUGAGUUUCUAAACUUUGCAGCUGAGUAUUUUAUACUCAGACAGAUUGUUGGUGAAAAUCUUUUAACAGCCCUGAUAAGAUGAAACAAUGAAAACUGUGUGACUAAAACGAACGGGGAAUCAAGCUCCAUCAAAAGGUCCCAACAAUUGUCCACCGUCCCCGUCCCCGUCCUUGUUGACACCCGGCUGAGAUCAGGCUUUUCAUUAAAUCACUCAAACUACUGCAGGUGAAUUUUAACUCGGUACUUUGAGUUCACUCAUAAACUGAAUGUUGGACAUUUGAUGGCUCAUCAGUCGGAGACGUCUCAGCCGAUUCUUUACAUUUAGUUGAUUUGUCUGCAACAGGUACAUUCACUCUGAGGGACAUCACCUUGAACGUCUCAACAAAUCUGUUCAACAAAUCUGUUCAACAAAUCGUUGCUUGAUCAUCAAUGAAAAAAGAACACAUUUUCAAAUAUUCAUCAUUGACUGACAAAAUAAAUGAUUCUGUAUUUAAUUCAAUCUAAAUAAAUAGAUCUCAGCUCCUCGUGUGUGAAUGAGGCCGCAGACGUGUGACGGUGUCAUGUGAAAUAGGCAAAGCAACAGACGUGUGUCAUUAUAAAUGUUUUCAUCUAAUAAAGAGUGACGUGUUUCAUUACGCUGCCGUGUCGACCUCUUCAUGCAGUGAAGACGUGAAUGAAAACAGCCCACACUGCUUUUUGAUAGAAACUGAGUUCAGAGGGAAUUUAACUGUUUAAAGUCAGACGUGGUGAAGUUGAAGCUGUGACGGAAGAUGAAACAUAAAUACUGAGACUUUUCCAUUUCUGUUUUCAGUGUUUAUGAGUUUUUCCUUGUUUUUUCUCACUUUGCAGCAGUUUUACAUUUGUUGUCAGAUUCAUUUUCUUGAUUUCUUGAGCUGAAGUGGGUUAAGUGUCAAAGUAUGGAACACACACACACACACACACACACACACACACACACACACACACACACAGUACAGUUCAGUUCAGUUCAGUCAGACAACAGUGACUCCUGAAGGACAACUGGUGUCGGGGUCAAGGGCACUACGUCAGGUCAGAGAACCAGGCCAGAGGAGGCGUCCAGAGAGGAGGCGUCCAUAGAGGA